CUCGUCACGCCCACAACACACUGGCAUGAAGUGGAGGAGGACGAAGAGUACAAAUAACACACAGAUGACCGCAAACAUCACUUCAUUUCUCCUGAGCUGCUCCCCUCACGACACUCCUACCCACAAACACAGCCAUGGCUCAAGCGCUGGACAUUGAUCGCUGGAACUUGGAGUGUGAGUUCAACAACACAGACCACUAUACUGAGCUCAACGGUGUGGACCGCCUGAUAGUGAGGAGGGGCCAGCCAUUCACCAUCAGCCUGUACCUUCGCUCAGGAAGCUACCAACCAGGACUCAGCUCUCUGGACUGCAUUGCAGAGACAGGUCCACAACCUUCUGAGCAGUAUGGCACCCGGGCCUCCUUCGGUCUGUCUGCCAGCAUUGAUACUUCUCGCUGGAGUGCCGCCGUCAUUAGCCCCCCUGGAGACAUGGUGGCCCUGUCUGUCUGCGCCGCCCCUGAUGCACCCAUAGGACACUACACCCUAAGCCUCGGGCAGUCAGCACGGAUUGAUUUUAUCUUACUAUUUAAUCCCUGGUGCUCAGGAGAUGUUGUAUAUAUGAACAACAAGGAGAAUUUGGAAGAAUAUGUUUUGUCCCAGGAUGGAAUUAUCUUUCGAGGCGAUGCCAAACAUCCAAUAGCGACUCCAUGGAACUUUGGCCAGUUUGAAACUGGAAUCCUCGAUGUGUGUCUGAGAAUUCUGGAUAUGAAUCCUAAAUGUCUGCGUAAUCCAGGCAAAGACUGCUCAGGCCGGAGAAAUCCCAUCUAUGUGUCCAGAGUUCUCAGUGCCAUGGUGAAUUGUAAUGAUGACAAAGGGGUUCUGCUGGGAAACUGGACAGAUAACUUUGAGGGGGGUGUGAGCCCCAUGCUCUGGAAGGGAAGCGUGGAGAUUCUGCACAACUGGGACACACAAGCUUGUCAGCCUGUUCGCUUUGGACAGUGUUGGGUGUUUGCUGCAGUCGCCUGCUCAAUUUCCAGAGCGCUUGGCAUCCCCUGCAGAGUUGUCACCAACUACCACUCGGCUCAUGACGUUAACAGCAACCUGGUGAUCGAACGCUACAUCAACGAAAAUGGAGAACUCAUUCGAUCCAGAGAAAUGAUCUGGAACUAUCACUGCUGGGUGGAGAGCUGGAUGAUCCGACCCGACCUUACUGGUUCUGAUUAUGACGGCUGGCAGGCCAGUGACCCCACCCCACAAGAAAAAAGUGGCGGAGUGUACUGCUGCGGGCCCAUCCCCGUCAGGGCCAUCAAGGAGGGUGAUCUCAUGUUCAAGUAUGACGCUCCCUUUGUCUUUGCUGAAGUCAAUGCUGAUGUUAUCACCAUUAUGAAGAAAAAAGAUGGCAGCACAUCAGAGGUCACCUCUACUCAAGUGGUGGGAAAGAAGAUCAGCACAAAGAGCGUUGGCAGCGACAACAGAGAAGACAUUACUCAUCUUUACAAGCAUCCUGAAGGCUCUGAUGAGGAGCGGGAGGCUUUUAAGAAGGCCAACCACCAAAACAAGCUGCUCCAGCAGAAGCAAAAUGAAGGCCUGCACGUGACCAUCAAAGUCUCUGCAGAGAUGAAGAAGGGCUGCGACUUUGAUGUGUUCGCUGUGGUGACUAACAACACGCAAAGCGAGAAGAAGUGCCGCCUCCUCUUUGGAUCCUGCGCUGUAUCUUAUAAUGGCUUUCAGGGAGGGAAUUGCGGCUUCAAAGAUUUGCUCAAUGUCGAGCUCUCAGCCGGUGCAGAGAGGAAGGUUCCACUCAGGCUCAACUAUUCUAAAUAUGGCAACCUGCUCACUGAGGACAACCUGAUCCGCCUGGCAGCUCUGUUGUUGGACUACUCCACCAGCAAAGCAACUCUGGCAGUGAGAAAUAUUGUGCUGGACAAUCCAGAAAUUAAAGUCAGAAUCCUGGGUGAACCCAAGGAGAAUCGUAAGCUGGCUGCUGAGAUCACUCUAAAAAAUCCUCUGCCGGAGCCGUUGGAGAAUUGCUGCUUCAGCAUCGAGGGAGCCAAUCUGACUGGGGGUAGCGUCAUCUCUGAGAGGCUGAGCGACACAGUGGCACCUGGGGAAGACGCCAAAGUGAAGAUGUACUUCACUCCCACCCACAGUGGGCUGAGAAAGCUGGUGGUGGACUUUGACAGUAGCAAGUUGUGUCACGUCAAGGGCUACAAAAAUGUCAUCAUUGGAAAAUAAGGACUUAUGAUUAUUAAAUAAGGAAGAUGGGAGCGUGUGGCCUUAUAGCUCUUCUUUGCAUUUUCUUUAUAGCAUUGAUGUUUUUUAUUUUCAUCUAGAGCAGUAAAUGUUGCAAUGUGACGAGCAUAGUUGAACUUGUGUGAAUAUUUUUCUAUCUGACCCACCACGUAACCACAUACAGUACUUUCAAAUGUUUGGCAUUAUUGGUCGUAUGUAUUGUGAUUUUAAUGAUCUACAAUGUACAAGUGUUCUAAAAUGUAUUUUCUAAAUGUUAACAUGCCGUGUGGGUCCAAUUUUUAUGAGCACAAAGUUUUGAAGGAAAUAAAAAUGAAUUACAGUACACAA